AUGAGUUCCGCUAGGUCGCCUUUCGACGCAGAGUCCUGGUCUGGGAAACCACUAAAUGUUAUAUACGCUGGAAUUACAGAGCUCGUCUGCGACAAUUCGAGCGGAAGAGUUGCAAUUGCUAUCCGCAAUUUGACAGAUCUGGUCGACUUCCUUGUGUGUACUUGGCACGCUCUGCGUCCAAACGUGUCGGACUAUGCAACCGACACUAUAAUUGCAGAGCUGAAAGACUACAGGGAGAAGAAUACUGAGAAGAUAGUUAGCGCUGCUUUGCAUCAAUCCCUUGUCUAUAGAUGUCCGUCACUAUGCUCGCGACUAUGGAGCGAACUCGAUAUAGUCCCUUUAGUUUUGGAGCAUAAGGAUCGUGAAAGACGACAUGAUGACCAGGGAGAGCUAGCGACGUUUGCCGGGUGGAAUAAGAAGGAGCUCGACGAGCGGGCGGAUUCAAUGGUGCGGAAGUGCAUUCGUUCUUUUGGCAUUGGCCAUGUGCUACAUAAUCAUAUAAAUUUCGACGGGUCGGUGGAUGUCGACAGAGGCUAUCAUGUACACCUUGCUAAUGCGAAAGACUAUGAGAAGACUGUUGACCCUGCUACAUGGUCUAUGGCUCAAUGUUUUGCCCAGGAUCUGAGGGAAAGGGAGGUGAAGGUGGCUUUCUUCAGUAUGACUUGCCAAGGAAAACCAGAUGUUCCGACCAGACAUGCCUUGUCACGGUUCACCAAGAGUCUGGGAGUUCGUAUCAAAUGGUUUGUGCCAAAGCCACGUCCGGGGAUGAUUCCCCUCAUCCGGAAGAUGCAGGACACCCUAGAGGGACAGGGCGAUCCCCUGUCGGAUAUCACCAUCAACGAUGAGCUACUCAUCCUUGACUUUGCAUACGCCAACGCCAGGAGGUAUUGGCUGUGCGAGAAUGGACCGCUUAGGCCCCGUGCGGAGGGAGGCGUGGACGUAGUGAUCAUUGACAGCGCGCCGCUUCUAACAUUGGCAAUUCUUUCUAAGCAGCAAGAUCCUGAGCGGCCUGUCAUAUUUGAGAGCAGCCUCCAGCCCCAGGGAGUCUCACUCAGUGGGACUAGUAGCCCGCAGUCUCGAGCAUGGGACUUUAUACGAACCCGGCUAACCCACGUUGAUUUGGUGGUAUCGCUGCUCCCUAAGGAACUUGCGCCGCGCAUAAUGCCUGAGGAGAAUGUUGGCUACAUGUCAUUCUCCGUGGACCAACUCGAUGGUCAAAACAAACCUCUAACUGACUGGGACGUCGGCUUCUACGGUCGUGAAUUCAGCUCGCUAUGCCGAACGCUUCAAAUGUCCAUCAUACGCUAUCCAGAGGAGCAAUACAUCCUCCACUUAUCCCAAUUCCGACCCGGAGACGGAACACUUUGUCUUCUCCACUCAUACCAGAAGUUCUGCGAUUCCUAUACCAAGGAGCAUCCAGGCCGCCAAGUCCCCAAGCUCCUGAUUUGUCACCGCGGACCCUUCCGAACCCCCGAAAGUACCAUUUUCUACGACGCAGCAAUGUCCCAAAUUGACAGCAGUGAGACCCUAUCUUCUUCCGUCUGCAUCAUCCCAAUUGGAGCCGUCGAUCAAAUGUGGAAUGCCCUACUCACGAAUGCAAGAGCGCUCGUCCAGCUCUCCACGCUGCAUGGGGUCCCCGAAAUGCUUCUCGCAGCUAUUCAGAAGGGGACGCCGGUGGUUGCCGUUCGGGAAGCCGAGCUGUUCCCUUUUGUGCACGAAUCGGAAAAUGCUAUCCUGGUUGACAAGGGGGAUGAGGAGGGGAUUGUCCGGUGUUUCUCAAGAAUUUUUAGUGUUGAUGAGGUCCGUCAGGGGGAAGGGGAUGCGGGGUUUAGGAAGCUGUCUGACUCGAAUACUACGGUUGGGAAUGCGGUCUGCUGGUUGUAUCUGGCGUCGAAGAUGUCGAAGGGGGAUAAGUUUGAGCCGAGGGGUGAAGAUAUUUAUAAGUUGGCGAGGGAGGAGGCGGGAUAUAUUGAGUGUGAUUGGCAUGCAGUGUAG